GAAAUAUGAUGCGGUAAACGUUUCUACUUGAGCGAUAUCAAUAUUAUAUAUAUAUAACGAUAGAUUUGCUACAUAGAUGGAUUAUUAUAUAUCGAAUACACACACAAUAAUUAGCCGAAACGAGAGAUGCAACCGAGAGAUACACCGAACAACAAGAUAUACUCGCGGCAAUUCAUACUCAAAGUUGUUAGGAGAUAAAGUUGCUGUGAUCUUAUUUGAAACUCAUAUAGUUUCCGGAGAUUUUUUACUGCGCGCGUUGUACACAUAAUAAUAUGUAUAAUAAUUUAUAUAUUGUAUAACGAAAAAAAAAAAAAAAUACAAGACUGCAGAGUUAAGAAGAAAAAAUUCAAAAUUGUUCCGCACAAUAUCUCAUACAGGCUUUGUUUAGGCUGCUAAAAUAUUUCAUAUAAUCUCUGUUUCUCCAUCUUGUACACACACGUGGCGCGUCAAAAAUAAAUUAUAAAAAUAUUUAUUAAUCGAAUAAAAAUGGAAAUUGUGUGUUUUUUUUUUCAUCUUUCCUAGAAAUCGGCGCGAUAAUAUUUUGUUUAACAACUGUGAGAUUGUGUAAAAAUAGUCGUGCAGAAUGUAAACGAAAGUGAUCGGUUCAACAAAAAUCAAACUCGACCUUCAAUUUGACUCAACAACCGGUCUCACACCCGUUUUUUAACCCGAUCUCCGAUUAUUGUUAAGUCUCUGUAAAUAUUAUUAGAAAUAUAAAAAUAUACGUCAAUGACAAACAGUAAUCGCAAAACUUGCUGAGUUCUGCCGAACGCAGCCAAUGACUGUUUCUCCUGGCGAAUGUGGUGAACACAAUGGCGAGUCGAGCGAUCGGCGGCAGCGGGACGGUGAACACGCCGAAACAAUUGUACAAGUAUUUAUUGCGCGAGUGCGAAAAACUGCCCAAACACACGCAGCAAUUUUACAAGCAUUCUAUUAAACAAAGCUUCAAGCAACAUGCUUCAGAGCCUGAUGAAGAACGUGUGCAGCAGAUCAUGGAACGAGCACUAUUAGAUGCCAAGUGGGUGAUACAGAAGUACAAACAACCAGAUGGUACUUCAGCAACAAAACAUCCAGAGGAGUAGUGACAAUACAAGAUUAUACUUUUCAUAUUUGUCAUAAUGUCGG